AUGGAACUCUUCUCCUAUAGUCAAAAAUGGAGUUCCGUGCAGUGUUUUGACGUAGCGGCUUUGUGUGUACAAAUCGUAUCAAAGUGUGCGUGGUCAAAUGACACUUUCGAGUUGGAAUGGAAGAAGAGAUUUCUUGCCAGUGUUUUUCAUUACCUUGCUAUUAGCGAAAAAGAACAAACUGUCCUGCUUACGUUGCCCGGAGAAAUAGACGAUUCGACUUUUAUUAAUCUUCUAAUAGGCAAUUUUAAACGCUGUGAAGAAAGGGAUAUUCGUGAAGAAGUUAUUUAUGACCUUCUGCUAGUUUGUCUUGGUUUAGCCCAAAGAAGUUCAAACGGUGAAGGCAUGAAACAGAGUGAAGGAAUCGAUAUGAAAGAAAGGGUAGAUAAAGUCAUAUCACGUACGAAAAGCCGUGAACGAAUCGAAGCAAUUUUACCAUCAUCCUCAGAAGUUUUAUCAUCGCAAAUUAUGGAACCAGGGGAAUAUGACUCUCGAGCAAGAACGAUUCUAUUCAAAUGUUCCAAAUAUUUAGACGUCUCUGAAUCUGUGGUCCAGGCCUUGGAAAAAGGUUUGGCGCAGCAUUUAUAUUUUAUGCAGCAACAGAAAAUCAAGGAAGAAUUGAAAUCAAACGAAGUUGACGCCAGUAUACAAGAAUUGCAUGAUAGCGCUAGCACAAGCUUGAUUAAUCAGGAGAAGAAAAAGAAGAAAUGGCGUUGGAUGGCUACUGGUGUUGGUGUAGUCGUUGGUGCAACUGCGAUUGGCUUGACUGGUGGCUUGGCCGCUCCACUUGUUGCAGCUGGUAUAGGGGCGAUAACUGGGGCAGGGGUAAUUGCAACAACCGCCUCAAGUGUUGUAUUAAUGACUUCGUUAUUUGGUAUUGCUGGAGGUGGAUUAGGAGAAGAUGAUAAUGAAGUGACUAAGCCUUGGCUUCCAACAUUUGAAAAUACCGCCAAUUAUAUUGAUACCUUUGCAUUAACCUUUGAUAUUGGAAUUCUCCGAUCACUUGGACGAGCAUUUCGCAGGUUCUUGGCAGAAUCUGCUGUCAAGGUGGCCGCACAAUCAGCAUUGCACAGUACAGUGUUUGCAACUUUAGCGAGUGCUCUUUUACUACCAACGGCACUGAUGAAGGCAGGUGAUCUGAUAGACAAUCCUUGGGCGUUAGGUGUCGAUCGCGCGUAUAAAGCUGGUCUUGUUUUGUCUGAUGUUUUGUGCGAACGAGUUCAAGGAAAACGACCUACCGUAUUGGUAGGAUAUUCAUUAGGCGCCUUGGUGAUUUGGUCAUGCCUAUGCGAAUUGCAGAAAAGGAAAAAAUAUGGAUUGAUCGAUAGUGUAAUACUUAUCGGAGCUCCCGUGCUCUCUACACCUGUUGCUCAAUGGGAAGAAGUAGCCAGCGUGGUUUCUCGUCGGUUUGUGAACGCUUAUGCGACGAAUGAUAUUGUGCUUGGACUGAUUUACAGAAUGCAUUCAUUGAGCCUUAACGUUGCCGGACUUGGACCU